ACGGCUUCAGUUUGGUUUCUAAACGCGGUGCGCGUACUUCAAACCGCUGUUACCUAUUUAGUUAAAGUAACUUUCGCUUUUUAUAUACAUAUGUACAUACAUAUGAAAGCAUGUACAUCCAUUUAAACACGUUUAUACAUAUAUAAGAAAUAAUUUUGAUGUAUUAGGAUCUAUUGUCCUUCUAUUGAACCAAAUUAAACAUACACACAUAACAUAAAUACAUACUUUCACGUUUUUAAUUGAGUUAAAACGAUUUAGUAGUUCGAAUAAUUGAAUAACACUGAAAUCAAGAGGUGUGCCAUGGAGAGAAAAGGAUUUUAUAAAAAUAUUAUAUUAUCCCUGGCUAUAUUAAUAUUCUCGGAUUGUUGUGAAAUUAAUGGAGUACGAAUUAAAGACAAUCGCCCGGAUCUAACACCAGCAAGCACUUUUUGGCAACAACAUGUGGCCAAUCCCAGUAGUUCAACACCAUUCGAAUCGCCCUUCUAUUCGGCAACACAUGGCCUUGUUCAAACACACCCCUCAUUAAAUGCAAAUAAUGUCGGCCCCGUGCCGCUAAAUAGCAAUAUCCUUGGAACUGGAUCGUCUGUCUCAGGCGCCGUAAACAGUAAAUCAUCCUUGACUGCUGGAAGUGGCUAUCUAAAUUCACGUGGAAGUUUGCCUAGUUCUGCACGUUACCCAGCUAAUAAAAUAACAGGCACCAUAGUCGAGCCUAAUCCGAAAUCGCCAUUCCGUCACUUAGAUUUCUCAACUAGUGCCACUGCGGAACUGCGACGGAAUCCAGCUUUGUCUGCCCCAGAUGAAUGUGCACGGGCUUGCCGAGAGGGCGAGCCGCCACGAAUUUGCUAUUAUCAUUUUACCUUGGAAUACUAUACAGUGCUAGGCGCUGCUUGCCAGGUGUGCACGCCGAACGCCACUAAUACAGUUUGGAGUCAUUGUCAGUGUGUUUUAGCUGAUGGAGUUGAACGGGGAAUUCUGACCGCAAAUCGUAUGAUACCUGGACCCAGCAUUCAGGUUUGCGAAAAUGACAAGGUUGUCAUUGAUGUAGAAAACCAUAUGGAAGGAAUGGAAGUUACCAUUCACUGGCACGGUAUUUGGCAGCGCGGUUCGCAGUACUAUGAUGGAGUCCCUUUCGUUACCCAGUGCCCUAUUCAACAGGGUAAUACGUUUCGUUACCAAUGGACAGGAAACGCCGGCACUCACUUUUGGCAUGCCCAUACUGGCCUACAGAAAUUGGAUGGACUUUACGGAAGCGUUGUUGUUCGUCAACCACCGUCAAGAGAUCCUAAUUCUCAUUUAUAUGAUUUCGACUUGACCACACAUAUAAUGCUUAUUAGUGACUGGUUGCAUGAAGAUGCUGCAGAGCGCUAUCCAGGUCGUCUAGCAGUAAAUACCGGCCAAGAUCCUGAAUCAAUGCUAAUAAACGGCAAAGGCCAGUUCCGCGAUCCUAAUACUGGAUUUAUGACUAAUACGCCAUUAGAAAUUUUUACAAUUACACCUGGUCGCCGUUACCGAUUCCGCAUGAUAAAUGCAUUCGCUUCGGUCUGCCCUGCACAAGUAACAAUAGAGGGUCACGGGAUGACGGUAAUAGCAACUGAUGGUGAGCCCGUGCACCCUGUCAAUGUCAACACCAUAAUCUCAUUUUCAGGAGAGCGUUAUGAUUUUGUUAUUACCGCGGAUCAACCUGUUGGGGCUUAUUGGAUCCAAUUGCGAGGGCUUGGUGAGUGUGGUAUUCGUAGAGCUCAGCAACUUGCUAUACUGAGGUAUGCACGUGGUCCCUAUCAGCCAACUUCUCCAUCGCCCACUUACGACGUCGGAAUACCGCAAGGUGUGGUUAUGAACCCAUUGGACGCGCAAUGCAAUCGUCAACGUAACGAUGCCAUUUGUGUAAGUCAACUGAAAAACGCUCUUGAAAUAGAUCGUGGCAUAUUGGCAGAAAAGCCAGAUGUGAAAAUUUUCCUUCCGUUCCGCUUUUUUGUAUACCGAGCCGAAGAUCUUUUCCAGCCGAACACGUAUAAUCGAUUUUUAGUGGCACCCACCGGCGACCAUGUCAUUUCACUUAUCGAUGAAAUUUCAUACUUAUCGGCACCUGCACCACUAACAUCUCAGUAUAACGAUAUUAAUCCAGAACAGUUUUGUAACGGCGACAAUCGGCCUGCGGAUUGCGGACCAAACUGCAUGUGUACGCAUAAGAUUGAUAUACCACUUAAUGCUAUUGUGGAAGUAGUUUUAGUAGAUGAAGUACAACAACCUAAUUUGUCGCACCCAUUCCAUUUGCACGGAUAUGGGUUUAGUGUUAUUGGCAUAGGUCGAUCGCCGGACUCGUCCGUUAAAAAAAUUAAUUUGAAGCACGCUUUGGACCUUGAUCGUCGGGGACUCUUACAUCGCCAAUAUAACUUGCCACCGACUAAGGAUACUAUAGCAGUUCCAAACAAUGGUUACGUAGUGCUACGGUUUAGAGCUGACAAUCCUGGUUUUUGGCUGUUCCAUUGUCAUUUUCUAUUCCACAUAGUUAUUGGAAUGAAUUUGAUUUUACAGGUCGGCACAAACGCUGAUCUGCCACCUGUACCUCCAGGUUUCCCGACAUGCGGUGACCAUACUCCACCCAUACCAAUAAAUUAAGUAAAACCAGUAAAAUAACAACACCGAUUGCGCCACGCUAAAAUGAUCCAAAACAUUUUUUAAAAACAGAACAAGACCUACACACUGAUUAAUUAGUUUGUAAAAAGCUUGAUGUAGCACAUAGAGUGUGCAAAUACUGUAUAUAUUAUCGUAUAAAUAGCACAAAGCUACCUACAUAUGCCCAUUUAAAAAUGCCAAUAUUGCCAACUUUUGAUUGAAAAUUAAUAAACAUAAAUAAUAACAAUACAAAUAGCCUCUUUCCCCUUUCCUCAAUACUUAUAUCAAUCGAAUGUAUACAUAUUUUUAUACAAACAAUUUAAUACAAUCCAAUCAUAAAGUUAUGAACUUUUCUAAUAUUUGCAAUGUAUAAAAUGGAUGAACUUGACUAUUCUGUAAAAUUAUAUAAUUUUUUUGUUUUGAUAAUAUGGUUGUAUGCUGAUUUACAUGCAUAUAAAUAUAUAUAUAAUUUAAAAACACAUACAAUAUUAAAAAUGUUCUACAAAAUUGUAUGUUACAAAAUUAUCGAAUGGUAGUUGAGACGUGCAUUUAUAUUAUAUACGCCAGUUUCGAGUGUAUUGUGUCAAAUAUGGGCUUGGUAAACAUAAAAUUAAAAAUACUAUAUUUUCAUUAAAGCUAAACGUGUUUCUCUGUUGCAAACAUUAUUUUAAAGUAUAAUUUGUAUUUCAUAUAAAUCAUGUAUUAAUAGAUGAUUUUAUGAUGAACAUAAAAAAUCCAUGCUCCCAAAGGCAAACCUUAAAAUACUUAUUAAAAACUAAUCAACUACUUUUCGAUGUUUUUGUAAUUUAAUAAGUAAGUUAUUAAGAUCAUGGAGGUUGGGUAUUCAUUGUCUGCCUGCCUUACAGUCUCGAAAUCUGUAUUAACAAUUAAAUGUUUAUAUUUUGCACUU